UGGGGUUCUUAAUUUAUAAAAAACACAACCUUCUGAUUUUGAAUUUCUUUGAGUAAAGAUGAAGAACCCUCUUCUUCUCAAGUCUGUGAAUCACAUUUCAAUAGUUUGCAAUUCAUUGGAGAAAUCUUUGGAAUUUUAUCAGAAAGUCCUUGGGUUUUAUCCUAUUAAAAGACCUACCUCCUUUACCUUCCAUGGUGCAUGGUUGUACAACUAUGGCAUUGGAAUACAUCUUCUUCAAUCUGAUGAACCUGAUAACAUGCCCAAGAAAAGAGUCAUCAAGCCUAAAGAUAAUCAUCUUUCAUUUCAGAGCGAAAACAUGGCGAUAACGGAGAAGCAACUAAAAGAGAUGAGAAUCGAGUACGUGAAAUGCGAGGUGGAAGACGACGGGAUCUUCAUCGAUCAGCUCUUCUUCCACGACCCUGAUGGCCUAAUGAUCGAAGUCUGCAAUUGCGAGAACCUCCCUGUAAUGCCGGUGUCUGGAGGCGGUGACUCCCUACCACCACCACCGCCGAUGCAGCUCGUUUGUGGAGUAUUCAACAAAAUGAGCAAGAACAAAAGCUACAGCAAAUUCAAAACGGCACCGUUCAGAGGAUGCAGCUCCAACAACUUCUCAUCAACAUCGCAUGAAAAUUAAGAUUCCAUUUGAUAACCAUAUGAUUUUUUUUAUUUUGUUUUUGAAAAUUAAGCAUAUAGAUAUUAG